ACCCGCGAUCUGCCGAGGCUAUCGCCUCGGGCGCCCGUCGAGCCGCCGCGUCGCCGUCCCCCGCGCCCUGCCGCUGUCGCCCCAAACUUUGGCCAGCGCCGCCCAGGUUCGGUGCCAGGGACGAGCCAGAGUUUUCAAGAUGAAUUAUACCGAGUCAAGCCCAUUGACAGAAUCAACUGCAAUAGGUUUUACACCUGAGUUAGAAAGUGUCAUACCCGUGCCUUCCAAUGAGACCAUAUGUGAAAACUGGAGAGAGAUACAUCAUCUAGUUUUUCAUGUAGCAAAUAUUUUUUUCACAAUUGGGUUGGUUAUUCCAACUAGUCUUCAUCUUCAUAUGAUACUUCUUAGGGGGAUGUUAACUAUAGGAUGUACCCUUUAUAUUGUCUGGGCCACUCUCUACCGAUGUGCCUUGGAUAUCAUGAUCUGGAACUCUGUGUUCCUGGGUGUCAACAUUUUGCAUCUGUCAUAUCUUUUGUACAAGAAAAGACCGGUAAAGAUUGAAAAGGAACUCAGUGGCAUCUACCGCCGAUUGUUCGAACCACUCCGUGUGCCUCCAGAUUUGUUCAGAAGAUUAACUGGCCAGUUUUGUAUGAUCCAAACCUUAAAAAAGGGCCAGGCUUAUGCUGCAGAGGAUAAAACCUCCGUUGAUGACCGUCUGAGUAUUCUCCUGAAGGGGAAAAUGAAGGUUUCCUAUCGAGGACAUUUUCUGCAUAACAUUUACCCCUGUGCCUUUAUAGAUUCACCAGAAUUUAGAUCAACUCAGAUGCACAAAGGCGAAAAAUUCCAGGUCACCAUCAUUGCAGAUGAUAACUGCAGAUUUUUAUGCUGGUCAAGAGAAAGAUUAACUUACUUUCUGGAAUCAGAACCAUUUCUAUAUGAAAUAUUUAGGUAUCUUAUAGGAAAAGACAUUACCAAUAAGCUCUACUCAUUGAAUGAUCCUACCUUAAAUGAUAAAAAGGCCAAAAAGUUGGAACACCAGCUCAGCCUGUGCACACAGAUCUCCAUGCUAGAAAUGAGGAACAGUAUAGCCAGCUCCAGUGACAGUGAAGAUGGCUUACACCAGUUUCUUCGGGGCACCUCCAGCAUGUCCUCUCUCCAUGUGCCAUCCCCACACCAGCGGGGCUCUGCCAAGAUGAAACCAAUAGAAGAAGGGGUGGAAGAUGACGAUGAGGUCUUUGAGCCCGCGUCUCCAAAUACAUUCAAAAUCCAUCAGUUGCCUUGAUCAGACAGCGGGGCCAAGUUACCAAGAUGGAAACUGUCUUGAAGAGAUCCUAAAAAAUACCAGCACUUCUUCAUGACUCAUUGAUCACUCUGCUUGAGCACUGGUGGUCUGUGGGUAGGAAAGUAAGGAAAGGUCAAAACCUGCAAAGGUUAUUUUCGCUCUCCUUUUUAUUGAUCAGCUUUUUAAGCAGUUGUUUUACUGAGCCUUCUGACUAAACCUAGUUCUAUUUUGAGAUAUAUAUUUUCACAGUAUUUUCUAGAUAUAUUAUUGUUCUGACUUAGCACUCUGUCAAUGCAAAUGCCUUUUCACUUACUUUCUCCAAGUUGUGGUUCAUUUUCCUCACGU